CCAGCUACAAACGGGCAUAUGGCGUGCGUUGUACUUAUCUUUGAAAUCCGUGCAGACUCUCAAAGAAGUGAAUCGUAGGCGGCGACUGCUCUCUUAAUCUUGGUAAGAGCCGGGGAUAGUCGAAUCUCCGGAUUAUUGGUGAAAGAAAUCGCUGCCAGAUACCAUAUAUAAAGCAACUGCGAACUCACAGACCAGUUUCCCAAUUCCACACCUACAUCCCACCGACAUACAUCCUACAUCCCCUUCCGAUACAUCUUACAUCACAAUCCCACACAUCCUACGUCCCACUUCAAAAGCUUUAGAAACCACACCAUGGCACAUCAAAAAUCCAUUCUCGUCACCGGCGCAACCGGCAAACAAGGCGGCGCCGUGCUCAAACACCUCCACGAGCUUGGGGAAUUCAAGCUCCUCGCCGUCACCCGCAACACAACCUCUGGAUCGGCCCAACGCAUCGUCGACAAAUAUCCCGGCACGAUUCUCGUCCAAGGCGACCUCAACGAUGUUCCCGCGCUCUUUGCCUCUGCCAAAACGGCUCUGCGCGCGGCUGGGGAGGACGAUUCCAUCUGGGGUGUCUAUAGCGUCCAAGUCUCCAUGGGCUCCGGUACCACCUACGAUGGCGAGAUCAAACAAGGAAAUGAUUUGAUCGAUGAGAGCAUCAAGCAUGGCGUCAAGCACUUCGUCUUCUCCUCCGUUGACCGCGGCGGCAACGAGAAGUCGUGGAACAACCCGACAGACGUCCCGCACUUUAAGACCAAGAAUACGAUCGAGCACCAUCUACUCGAGAAGGCUGGGAAAGAGGGGGAGAAUAUGGGAUGGACCAUUCUGCGCCCCGUCGCCUUCAUGGAUAACCUCGAGCCCGGUUUCGCGCCCAAGGUGUUCCUCGCAGCGCUCAAGAAUACGUUGGGCGAGAAGCCAGUGCAGUGGGUCAGUAUUCAAGACAUCGGACUCUUUGCGGCGAACGCGUUCCACGACCCGGAAAGAUAUAAUAAGCGCGCUAUUGGGCUUGCGGGAGAUGACCUGACCUUCGAUCAGUUGAGCGAGCGGUUCAAGAAGGUUCUGGGACACGGUGCCCCGGUGACAUUCGGACUUUUGGGCCGCGCAUUGCUAUUGGCUGUGCCCGAGAUGAAGACGAUGUUGAACUGGUUCAGGGAUGAGGGGUAUGGUGUUGAUAUUGAAGAGUUAAGAAAGGAGGAACCUAAGUUAACUGACUUUGAAACCUGGCUCAGGGAGCAGAGCAAAUUCCGUACGAGCCAGGAUUGAACGUCAAGUGUGAAGGGUUCAGACAGGAAGUCAGUAAUAAUAUGUGAAGACGACAUCUGGUGGGUUGGAGCGAGACGUGGUACAGUGGUCGACGAGAGCUUCAUAGAGGCUUCUCUCAUUCACGAGUUUACUUCUGCAGUCUGCAUUAAUUGGGAAGGAUGGGGUAAUGACACCGGCAUGUAUAUUAUUGGCGAAAAAGGAAAUUUUCUAGGUACUCAAUAGACGAAUGAAACAG